CCCACGUGGAAAUACGAGUAGCUAACAAAAAUGUCGCAAAACGGUGCUGGUACCCUUAUUAAGACGAAGCCGCGCUGCGAGCGCAACCGCGUGCUGGUUACUGGUGGUGCUGGCUUCGUGGGCAGCCACCUGUGUGACUACCUGGUGGCUCGUGGCGACCACGUGAUCUGCCUGGACAACUUCUUCACUGGCAGCAAGGAGAACAUUGCCCACCUAAUUGGCAAGCCCAACUUUGAGGUCAUUCGCCACGAUGUGGUUGAGCCAAUCCUCUUGGAGGUGGACCAAAUCUUCCACUGCGCCUGCCCCGCAUCACCAAUUCACUAUAAGUACAACCCCAUCAAGACCGCCAAGACCAGCUUCCUGGGCACCAUGAACAUGCUGGGCCUGGCCAAGCGCUGCAAGGCGCGCUUCCUCAUCACCAGCACCAGCGAGGUCUACGGUGACCCGCUGGAGCACCCUCAGCGCGAGACCUACUGGGGCAACGUCAACCCCAUCGGCGAGCGCUCGUGCUACGACGAGGGCAAGCGUGUGGCGGAGACCCUGACCAUGGACUACUACCGCGAGCACAACCUGCAGGUGCGCAUCGUGCGCAUCUUCAACACGUACGGCCCCCGCAUGGCGCUUGACGACGGCCGCGUGGUGAGCAACUUCGUGUCCCAGGCGCUGACCAACAAGCCCAUCACCGUGUACGGCGACGGCCAGCAGACGCGCUCGUUCCAGUACGUGAGCGACCUGGUGAAGGGCCUGGUCACGGUGAUGGACGGGCCUGAGAUCGGCCCCUUCAACAUCGGCAACCCGGGUGAGUUCACGAUGCUGGAGCUGGCCAACCUGGUCAAGGAGGUGGUCAACCCCAAGGCCGUUAUCGAGUACCGCGAGAACACCGCCGACGACCCCAAGUGCCGCAAGCCCGACAUCACCAAGGUCAAGACGACGUUGGGCUGGGAGCCGGUGGUGCCGCUGCGCGAAGGCCUGGAGCGUAUGGUGGACGACUUCAAGAAGCGCCUGGGCGUGGAGUAAAGCAGCAGCAGCAUCGGCUCUUGGAGGGAACCAGCUUGUGGUGGAGGGGCCGUGGGCAUGCAAAGCAGAGGCGGCAUGCCGCAUGAGUUGGGUGCAGGGAACGGCUAGGUGACUUGAUGGACGUGAGACUGACAGUAUUUAACUCGUACGAGUGACCCGGGCAGGGAGAGGACCCCGUCUCUGACAUGUUACAUCGCCGUGCAUUAGCAGUGACCGUAGACAGGUGCAAGUAUGUUCGUUCAGUAUGACCAAUAGACCGGCAUGGCACAGGCCGAGGUUGUGACACAAAGGGUCACAUGAUGAGCUCACGGAGUGACUUGGACAGGAAUGUCCUCAGCAUUGACGUUUGGCGAUUGAGGCCAACUAGUUCACCAUAGAUUUGGCAUCCUGGUUGCAACAGGUUACAACGCGAACCGGUGGUGCACACGCCUGUAACAAGGUGCAAGCAUGCCAGAUAACCUCGUC